AUGGGACAUGACACGCUAAAAGAGGAUCAAAGGGGAAUCAACAAAACAUCAAAACACCAGGACCAGGUGUGGAAUGCAGAGACUCGAAAAAAGUCCAGUCACCGAGGAAAUGCAACACAUCAUUACGCAGGGUCAUUAAGAAGGAUCAAAAUCAAGGAUACGCUGAAGCUUCAACAUCACACGAGAAAGAGUCGGAAGGAAUCAAGUCGGAAGCAAAAAGAUGAGUCACCAAAGGUUGCGAGGGUUCAACCAGCGGUGAGGAUGGAGGAGUUUCGAGGCGGCCAGGAUCAGCGCGCGGGGGGAGGUUUUCAAGAAGCGCCGACAGCGUCGAGAAAUUAG